ACGCGCCUGAGGCCACGGUCCUAGGUUCAGGAGCCGCGGCGAAGCCUGAGCCCUCAGGCCCGGGAUGCGGGUCGUCUAGGGUGCGGGUCGUCUGGGGUGCAGGCUGGGAAGGGGAGGGUGUGCACGGCGGGUCCCCCCAGUCUCCGCCAGGGCGCAGGCGCAGGCGAGCGGGGUGCGGUCGCGGCGGGGCGGGCACGGCCGGGCGGGGAGCGCAGCGGCGGCGGCGGGCGCGGGAAGAUGGCGGCAGCGGCGGCGGCGGCGGCGGCCGAGCAGCAAAGUUCCAAUGGUCCUGUAAAGAAGUCCAUGCGUGAGAAGGCUGUUGAGAGAAGGAAUGUCAAUAAGGAGCACAAUAGUAACUUUAAAGCUGGAUACAUUCCGAUUGAUGAAGAUCGUCUCCACAAAACAGGGUUGAGAGGACGAAAGGGCAAUUUAGCCAUCUGUGUGAUUAUCCUCCUGUUUAUCCUGGCUGUCAUCAAUUUAAUUAUAACACUUGUUAUUUGGGCUGUGAUUCGCAUUGGACCAAAUGGCUGUGAUAGCAUGGAGUUCCAUGAAAGUGGCCUGCUUCGAUUUAAGCAAGUAUCUGACAUGGGAGUUAUCCAUCCUCUUUAUAAAAGCACAGUAGGAGGAAGGCGAAAUGAAAAUUUGGUCAUCACUGGCAACAACCAGCCUAUUGUUUUUCAGCAAGGGACAACAAAGCUCAGUGUAGAAAACAACAAAACUUCUAUUACAAGUGACAUCGGCAUGCAGUUUUUCGACCCAAGGACUCAAAAUAUCUUAUUCAGCACAGACUAUGAAACUCAUGAGUUUCAUUUGCCAAGCGGAGUGAAAAGUUUGAAUGUUCAAAAAGCAUCUACUGAAAGGAUCACCAGCAAUGCUACCAGUGAUUUAAAUAUAAAAGUUGAUGGGCGUGCUAUUGUGCGUGGAAAUGAAGGUGUAUUCAUUAUGGGCAAAACUAUUGAAUUUCACAUGGGUGGUAACAUGGAGUUAAAGGCUGAAAACAGUAUCAUCCUAAAUGGAUCUGUGAUGGUCAGCACUACCCGCCUACCCAGUUCCUCCAGUGGAGACCAGUUGGGUAGUGGUGACUGGGUGCGCUACAAGCUCUGCAUGUGUGCCGACGGGACACUCUUCAAGGUGCAAGUAACCAGCCAGAACAUGGGCUGCCAAAUCUCAGACAACCCCUGUGGAAAUACUCAUUAGAAGAACCCAGAGGUCAUCAACAUGUUUAUAUCUUGACUUGACUGUUUUAUGCAUGCAAAUCAUUGUUUUUACAGAGUAUGUGAUAACUCAUAAUUAUUUUAACGACAGAGCACUACUGUAUCUGCUAUACGGUCUACAUCGUUAAAAUCUCUGAGAGCCGACAUUCUAAUACAUUUUAUUAAGUUGCACUAAUUUUCAUAUUUACUGUUCUCUAAAAUAAUUAUGAGAAGUGAAUAUAAUCAAAAUUAAUGUUUAAAGAAGUGUUUUUAAAAUUCCACUAACCCUUUUCUAAUGGACAAAGGGCUGAAGCAGCUGUUUAGACUCACUGUAAGUAAACUUUGUUAACUCUAAUAGGGAUAGACCCACGUGAGGUAUUGGAUAUUUUAUGCUCUGCCUUUUGGCUUCUGAAAGCAAAGAUGCAGAUUUCUAGUGCAUUAAGCUUGAGCCAUAUUCUCACAUGCAAGUGAAGUCAUUGAAGAACUUUACAUAUGCAAGAUAGAAACAGGGGUCCCUUAAUUUUGCUCUAGGAAGAAAAUAUUUCGUAAUAGAAUGUUUAUUUUAAAUAAUGAUAAACGUCAAGUGUUCACAAUGUGGUAGAAAUUAAAAUACCAUCUCAGCUUUAACUCUUAAAUAAUAAUGAUAGCCAUCUUUACUGGGCAUAUUCUACAUCCUAGGCAUCGCAUGUUUAAUAUCCCUAAUUCUCACCCCAACCCUGCAAGUAGCGGGUAUUAUCCAAGCUUUACCUAUUAAGAAACUGAAGAUCAGAGAAGUUAAGAAACUUGCCCAACAUCACAUAGUGAGUAGCAGAGUUGGGACUGGAAUUCAGGCGUGAUUCAAACCUGGAUGUGCUUGAUUCCAAAUGCCAUGCUGUUUUCACUGUCUGCACUGACUUUUUAAUUAUUUGAAACUCCAGAAAGAUGAAUGAAGAUUAAUUUAAACUUACCCAAGAAAAUGAGACUCAUACAAAACAGAUGUUUACUCUACUUAAAAAGAAAGUAAGUCUCAUGUCAGACCCAAAAAGGAUCAAUCACUGUCAGAUUUUAAACUAUGUUGAGCCAAUUCCAAAAUAUACCAUGGAGAGGUCAAAUUUACCUACUUGUGAGUUACCUCAGUUUCCCAACCAACGGGCCUUGGCACACUGGAGUAACAAUGCUUGACAGAGUUGCCAUGAUAUUUAUACCCUCAGCCCUCAGGGCGACACAGUGGAAAGUGGGGAGGCCGUAGACCCAAGCAAGUCCUACGGGCCAGGCAUGGCCCGGUUAAGUAUACAAUGCCUUGAAAAUAAGUCCGGAAGCACUGGACUAAAGAGUGCAAAUGCAGGAAAAAAUACACAUAAUUUUUAGGUAAGGAAAGUAAUUUAUCUCUGCUCCUAAUAUUACUAUCCCACUAUAAUUAUUGAUAACCCUCAAACCAGUUGAUUUUUUAAUAUAUUUGAUUGGAAAAGAACUCUCUGGUAUUAUUAAGACUUACACAGAAUCAGGGGCAGGGCCCUCAAAGGAGUUUGCUGUCCAAUAGACAGUAGAGAUGAGGCAUCGGCCCAUCCCUGCAUUCAAGUGUAACAGCAUUCUGUUAGGGUCACUUUGAAUUGUGUACAUAAGAAAACCAAUACAAAAAACAAUUAGUACUCAAUAUUGUAACAUUUCUCUCUGGUAGAAAAAUCAAAUACCUUAGAGAUAUGAAGUCAUUAAAUUAUACUGAAAUUGGAUUGACUUACUACCUAACACUGAGCACAGUUUUUAACUGAGAUUUAUAACCUCUGAGUGGUGUUGCAGUGAUAUUUGAACUCAUUUGAAUAUAUUCAAUGUCAUUUAAUAUCAGAAUUAUAGUCAGAAAAACAAUUGCCAGAAUUUUCUUUCAGAUGCUCAGUAAAUUAAAUUGCAUAUUCAUUACUUGUCUGCUCUAUUUAGAUUUGCUUUAAAAGUUUAAGUAAAUAUUUUUACAAAAACCAGAAACACUAUAUUACAAAGUAUUAUUUAUUAAAUGGAGUUCAUGAAAUAAUCUAUUUUUACUCUUUUUUGAGAAAUACUUGUGUUUUCGAUACAUCCGCAUUAAGUGCUUUUGACACGAGAGGCUAUUCUGAUGUUUUUCUAGAACUGAUUGUUAUCAGGAAUAGUAUUUUAGGAUACUUUACAGGUAGUCCUGGCUUUUUCCCUGAAACGUAGACUUGGAAAAUCUACUGGAAAGCAGAACAGGAACAAAUUCUUUAUUUUACUUAUGGCUUGUUUUUAUUCACAGUAAAGCUUCAACAACUCUUCAUCUCCACCAGAUGGUAUUUUUCUAUAAACUGAAAUGCUGACUUUGCCCCUUCCUGCUGUACACUCAUCCCUGCACUGAGCACAGAGAUGACAAGCAAUAGCCACGGGAGAGGUGGGAGACAAAGAUAGGACCCCAGGAGGGGGCGCAGGUACACGCUAGUUUCAAUUACCACAGUAUUCUAGAGGCAGGCUGCAAUGACAAGGGGGCAAAUGAAAUCAAUGCCAGAUUUCUUACAGACUAAUGGGCAGACAGGAAAAAUGUAAAACAACACAAAACAGGGACUGCCUAUAGUAUUUUAAAAUAUACUUAUUUGUGUUUUUUUGCAUUGUAAAAAAAAACAAAAUAAAUUUUGUGUGAUAGUUUUGAUGAUGAAAGGUAGAAGAUCUACCUAGUUUUGAAUGCGUGCUUUUUUUAAGGGAAUGAGAAUGUCAUGGUGCUAAACUUGACAAAGAAGAGACCAUUGAAAUGCUGAAAAUGUUAGCAGUAUUCUUAAAAGUAUUGAGGGGGCAAAGAUGACCAAUUAUGCCAUACAAAAAUAAGCCUAUAAAUGUGUUUCAGGUUGCUAACUUGAGUUUCAGUUAAUUCAGUUUGUAAUAACUAGUAAUGAACUUCUGUUUACAAUAAAAAUUCUGUAAAU